AUGGAUGUCAUAAAUCAGUUAGGGAUAGGAGAGAACAAUUUCGUUGCUGUCAUGGAUUUGAAGAAGAAGGAGAAAAGAAUAGCACCCACCUCCAACGAAGCUAAAGUGGCAACACCUAUAAAUCCAGCAUGCCUAACGCUGAAGCAGGAAAGGGAAGAGUUUCGACUUGCUCUAUUAGCCUCACAACAGCGAAGGAAUAACAGAGAAGAGAUCCAGCUAGCCUACGUAAAAGAAGGAGAAAAGAAGGGCUUCAAUCUGAUUCUUGAAUCUAAAAAAUCUCUGGGUAGAGAAGUUAUCCCAAUCUUCUAUAAGACUGAUCCAUCCGAUGUGCAUCAUCAGAGAGGUACCUUUGCUUGUGCCUUUCAGAAACAUAGUCAGAGAUUUUCUGAAAACAAAGAGAAGGUGCAAAGAUGGAGAGAGGCCUUAAAAGAAGUUGUAAAUAUAUCUGGCUAUGACUCUACGGAUCAGCAUGAAGCAAAACUCAUUGAAGAAAUUAUCGCAGCAGCAUGGGCAAAGGUACAGCCAAAGUUACCAUAUUGUUUCAACAAUGAGUUCAUUGGCAUUGAAACAAGAGUAGAAGAAGUGAGUGCACUUCUAAAUAUUGGAUUAUGUGAUGUUGGCUUCAUAGGAAUAUGGGGCAUGACAGGUAUUGGAAAGACAACUCUUGCAAGAGUUAUCUAUGAGAGAAUAUUUCAUCAAUUUGAUGUUAGUUGUUUUCUUGCUAAUGUAAAAGAAAACCAUGAAGCCAAGGGAUUCGUUUCGUUGCAAAGAAAACUUCUUUCCAAACUCAUGAUAAGAGACAUAGAUAUUGAUGAUGCAUAUGAAGGGAAGAAUAUCACAAGGAAUUUUUUAUGCAGCAAAAAAGUUCUUGUUGUCUUGGAUGAUCAAGAAGAUGUUGAAGAGUGUUGUAGAUCAAUGAAGGAAUACAGCACAAGUAAUAACAGUGAAAUCCCUUCUCAACACUCUCUUUAUGCUUAUGGAAAGAGAUCCCACCAAGUUGAAGAAGUGGCAGAAGAAGACAACAUUGUGGCCACAGACGAAGCAGAAACAUUUUCUGCUAAACGAAGAAAACUCUAA